GGGCACCAACAGGAAACCAUUCAGUGUUCAAGAUCAAUUCUGCACAAUCGAAACGACCACAAUAAUUAUAUUUCGCAACUACAACAGAUAUGAAAACCACCAUUUCUGAAAGGUGAAGUAGCCUACAACUAAUGUUCGUUGGACACGACACGUCACUAGAUCCACGGUGUACGAUGGCCAGGAGGGAGCACACAAAACGGUGGCUCGGUUACCUAGUGGUAUUCUACUGCAUAAUGACCAAGGAAAUAGCUACCCAACCCGUCUACACUUCUGUAACAGGAAACGCUAACGACGCCCUCAUUGUUUCAAAUGAGCAAGUUUACCUGCAGCUCCGACAGACACAACGUGUACCAUGUGGAAAGCAGACAGGCGCCACUGACGUCAUCGCUGUGACCUGGUACGAUACCAAAAAAAAUGAAAUCAUUCGAAUAGUAUCAAACCCGAUCCACGGGAGCAAUUUCACGUCUGCGAAGUACGAAGGGAGGGCUACAUUCACCCAAGGGUUCGACCUGACCCUCAUGGAUGUCAAUGAUGGGGAUACUGGACGUUAUACGUGCGAGAUAAUCACAGCUACUGAUCAAGUGGAUUAUGAAGUUGAAGUUAUCGUUAUUGAUAAACAACUUCCUAUACGCUCAGCAGUGCGAUCAGUCUCGCAGCUCCUCCGAGCCGGCGAGAACACCGUCCAUUGUCCGGUUUACAACAGAUCCAUCACGAGACCAACCAUUUAUUACUCAAUUCAACAUGACGUCAGAAGUCCGACGGAGAUCCUAGUUUCCCGCUUCUCAGACGGUUCAGUUUUAUUGCAAGAGUCGACCUUUGACAUCCAACGGGACGCCAACUACUCGUUGGUUAUUAAAAAGCCAGCGGCAGCUCCUGCGGAGUUGUUGAUAUGGUGUCACGUCUCCUCUGACGUAGAUGGGGUCAAUCUGAUGAGUGGUUUCGUCAAUGUUACUCAAUUUCAACCGGCAGAAACUUCGAAUUCUGUUUGGAUAGCUCUUAUGUGUUUAGGGGUGAUCAUUUUAAUCAUCCUAUGUGUGGCUGCCGUGUUAUACAAGAUAAGAUGGAAGACUACAUAUCUUUCUUCUCUCAGCUCCGAAGAGAUGGUUCCUUUCAACCAAGAAAGCCCAAUCAACAACGAAAGCUGUGGAGAUUACAAACUGAAGAACGUGAUUCAAAAAGGAGGCAAGAAGGGAAAAGUGCUGAACUACGUCUUCUCCUCAUUAAGAUUGGUGACGGUUGCGGGUAAUGGUGAUUUGGUGAUGCUAGACGGUAAAGGAAUUCGAGUCAUGUCAAAGAAAUACUACAAGAAAGUCACGUUCCAGAUACGGGCAGAUUUAAUCAAUGAAUAUGUUGCCAUAGCAGCCUCGAAAAGACAAGCUGGGGAAGUACUCGUGGCAAGAAAGAGCGGUAAGAUUACAUGGCAUGACAACAGCAGUGGGAAGGAGGUUGAGAUCCCAGGUUGCAGCAAUCAAACCCCUGGAGAGAUAAGCGAUAUGGAUGUGGACGAUAUGGGAACCAUAUACGUUGCCGACAUAGUUAAGAAUGUGAUUUAUUCUUAUAGCGUGGAUGGGUCGUUCAAGUCAUCGUUUGCAGUUAAAGACUCACCGAAGUGUAUCAGCGCUUGCGAGGGUGGCAUUUUAUAUGUUUUAUUCGGGACUAGGAUUAAGAGGGGCGAAGGGUAUGACAUCGAAGGGGGCACCAUUAAGAGGUACACCAACGGCACACGGGGUGACUAUGACAUAAAAUGUCCCACAGAUAUGAAUAUUGUGACGACUGGUUUGUACUCGAGCAAAACGUCUGUGUAUGUUUUAGCCAAAAGUGCGGGGUCUGAUAAAGCUGAAGCAAGCGCCAUACUUCAGUUUUCAGCGUUGGAUGGUCACCUCCAACGACGUAUCAUCGACGACUGGGCAGGAGUUCUAGGCAUAGUUUUCAUCAGGGAUGAUGAUGAACUGGCCUUCUUUGAUUCCAAAGAAGUAAAAGUUUAUGAAAGGCAGAAAGUGAUGAGGAAAAAGCCAAUAAGAGAAGAUAGUUCUUCUCGUAUUGUCUGAAGGGGUUGGAAAGAGGAAAGAGCCA